UGCUUUAGGGUGAUAGGGGGCAUACUCUGUUUACAACCUGACUGUCAUGUCAUGUGCAAGUUACUGAUGCCGAACAACAGCUAUAUGAGCUGGCUAGUUAGCUACUAGUAGCUAGCAAACAUUUGAAUGGUGUACUUUUUAGCUAGACAUAUGACUACCUAAUAGUAAUGGCUGCACAAAGGAAGUUAUUUGUUUCUACGCCAGCCAGGUAACAUGGUCAACUUUGGCACCACGUGGUUAGCUGUGCAACAUGAGAACAACCAGGUAGUUGGAGUGGGCAGUGGAUCCACCAUUUUGUAUGCUGUAGACAGACUAGCGGAGAGGGUUCGUCAGGAGAAACUCAACAUCGUGUGUGUCCCCACCUCCUUCCAGGCUCGUCAGUUGAUUCUGCAGCAUGGUCUAACCCUAUCGGAUCUGGACAGACACCCAGAGCUGGAUGUGGCCAUCGACGGGGCGGACGAGGUGGAUGCAGCUCUCACACUCAUCAAGGGAGGAGGAGGCUGUCUGACUCAGGAGAAGAUCGUAGCCGGCUGUGCCAAACACUUCAUCGUCAUCGCUGACUUCAGGAAGGACUCCUCGGUCCUGGGCCAGCAGUGGAAGAAGGGAGUUCCUAUUGAGGUGAUCCCUAUGGCCUACGUCCCCGUCUCCAGGACGAUAGCCAAACGCUUCGGAGGGGAGGCAGUACUCCGCAUGGCCAUCAGUAAAGCUGGUCCUGUGGUAACAGACAACAGUAACUUCAUUCUGGACUGGAAGUUUGAACACGCUCAGAACUGGAAGGAGGUCAAUACCGCUAUUAAGAUGAUACCAGGUGUGGUAGAGACGGGUCUGUUUGUGGGGAUGGCUGAGAGGGUGUACUUUGGGAUGGAGGAUGGCAGUGUUCGUGUGAGAGACCCUCCAGUCAUCUGACCUGUCUGGGACCCGACACCAACCACCAACCUCCCUGUCUGGGACCCGACACCUUCUGCCAACCUCCCUGUCUGGGACCUGACACCUUCCACCAACCUCCCUGUCUGGGACCCGACACCUUCUGCCAACCUCCCUGUCUGGGACCUGACACCUUCCACCAACCUCGCUGUCUGGGACCCGACACCUUCCACCAACCUCCCUGUCUGGGACCCGACACCUUCUACAAACCUCCCUGUCUGGGACCUGACACCUUCCACCAACCUCGCUGUCUGGGACCCGACACCUUCCACCAACCUCCCUGUCUGGGACCCGACACCUUCUACAAACCUCCCUGUCUGGGACCCGACACCUUCUACCAACCUCCCUGUCUGGAACCUGACACCUUCCACCAACCUCCCUGUCUGGAACCCGACACCUUCCACCAACCUCCCUGUCUGGAACCCGACACCUUCCACCAACCUCCCUGUCUGGGACCCGACACCUUCCACCAACCUCCCUGUCUGGGACCUGACACCUUCCACCAACCUCCCUGUCUGGGACCUGACACCUUCCACCAACCUCCCUGUCUGGGACCUGACACCUUCCACCAACCUCCCUGUCUGGGACCUGACACCUUCCACCAACCUCCCUGUCUGGGACCACCAUCUAAACCACAGUGCUUUCUAUUCUGGGACCACCAUCUAAACCACAGUACCUUCUAUUCUGGGACCACCAUCUAAACCACAGUACCUUCUAUUCUGGGACCACCAUCUAAACCACAGUGCCUUCUAUAUUGGGUCCCAAAUGGCACCCUAUCCUUUACAAAGUGCACUACUUUUGACCAGCCCUAUGGGUUAUGAUGGGGUUAGGGUCCUAUGUAGCGGAUAGGGCGCCAUUGGGGGAAACCAUAUUCUUUCACCUAUGGACUCUUCCUGAUCUGACAGACUGUGAAUGGUGUAUAACUACAGGUUGACCUCACAACAUCUACCAUGACAUGCACAGGGCUCUACCUUUUUGUAUGUUGAAAAAUGUAUGUACACAUAAAUACAUUAAACGAUGCACGAUGAAAAACGA